CCCCUUCACCCAACUCUACACACCCGCAAUCAUGUCUCUCGCAAUACCCAACGCUCCGAAUGCAGGCCUAUUCAAGCCGGGCUACCAAAACUACGACUCCGAAGAUGGCGCCGUUAUUCGCAAUAUCGAGGCCUGCAGAACGAUCGCACAGACUGUCCAGACUUCAUUAGGGCCGUACGGAUGCAACAAGAUUGUAAUAAACCACCUGCAGAAGAUGAUCCUGACCUCGGACGCGGCGACGAUACUACGGGAGCUUGAGGUGAUGCACCCAGCGGCGAAAUUGCUCGUAAUGGCGAGCCAGCAGCAAGACGCGGAGAUGGGCGAUGCCACAAACAUGGUCAUUGUGUUUGCGGGAGAACUGAUGAAGAAGGCGGAAGAGCUGAUCAGAAUGGGCUUGAAGACUAGUGAUAUCGUGCAAGGGUACGAGAGGGCACAAGAGGAGGCUCUGAAGCAGUUGGAAGAUCUCGUUGUUGACAAAGUCGAGGAUAUAAGAUCACAAGAAGAGCUCAGCAAAGCCAUCCGAACUGUUGUGGCCGCGAAGCAGUCCGGCAACGAAGACUUCCUCGCGGACCUGGUUGCCGAAGCAAUCCUCGCAGUUCUCCCCAAGAACCCCAUAAAUUUCAACGUCGACAAUGUGCGGGUGGUCAAGAUUAUGGGUGGCAGCCUUGAGCAGAGCAGGGUCGUCAAGGGGAUGGUCUUCGCCCGCGAGCCAGAAGGCAGCAUCAAGAAGGCACAGAGGGCGAAGGUGGGAGUGUACUCAUGUCCGAUCGAUAUUAGCCAGACGGAAACCAAAGGAACCGUUCUUCUACACAACGCCAAGGAGAUGCUGGACUUCACCAAGGGCGAGGAACACCAAAUCGAGAACAUUAUCAAGGAGCUCCACGAUUCCGGCCUCCGCGUCGUCGUUGCCGGGUCCACCAUCGGCGAACUUGCCAUGCACUACCUCAAUCGCUACAACAUCCUCGUCAUCAAGAUCCUCUCCAAAUUCGAACUCCGCAGACUCUGCCGCGUUGUCGGUGCCACGCCGCUUGCUCGGCUGGGCGCGCCUAUGCCGGAUGAAAUGGGCACAGUCGAUGUUGUUGAGACGUUAGAGAUUGGCGGUGACCGCGUUACCGUAUUCCGACAAGAGAAUGAAACCACCAGGACUGCAACCCUCGUGCUCCGCGGCGCCACUCAGAACCAUCUUGACGACGUCGAACGUGCAGUAGAUGACGGUGUCAAUGUCGUGAAAGCGAUCACUCGCGAUCCCCGCCUCGUCCCAGGAGCCGGUGCAACUGAAAUGCAGCUCAUCGAGCGCAUCACCAACGUUGCCGAGAAGACUCCAGGUCUCUCCCAGUACUCCAUCAAGAAGUUUGGCGAAGCAUUCGAAGUCAUCCCCCGCACGUUAGCAGAAAGCGCCGGCCUAGAUGCGACCGAGGUGCUAAGCAGGUUGUACACCGCACAUGCCGCUCACAAAGGCGCGUCGAUGGGUAUCGAUAUCGAGAACGAAGACAAGACGGGUACCCUUGAUGCCACAGAGGAGGGUAUUUUGGACCUGUACAUCACGAAGAGCUGGGCGAUCAAGCUGGCGACCGAGGCGGCUAGGACGGUGUUGAGUGUGGAUCAGAUCAUUGUGGCCCGGCAAGCGGGAGGCCCGAAAAUGCCCCAAAACAACCCCAACUGGGAUGAGGACUGAUCGCUGCGACUUGAGCAGGCAGGCAUUGUAGAAAAUCCGUAGAUAAUGAAGACU